GUUGUUGGUUUCCUGAUUUGAUUAACAUAUUACAUUACAGCUGGUAAACUAUAUAAUGGUGGAGACAAACGUAAAAGUCACCACGAAGAACAAGAACGGUUUUGUAGCGGUUGACCUUCUCAACGAAGAGGAUAAAGAUUUCCUUAAGCUAUCUAACGCUCUGAUGUGCGGUCAACGCUCUUCAAGUCCUAGAGAGAUUGGAAACCAAACAAAAGCAGUGAUUCUUCAUCGUGCAGACGAUGACACGAUAAAGAAGCGCCAGAAGGAGAUUCUAAGAUUUCAAAGCAGUGAUACUCCAAACAAAAAAUUUGAGAUGCAAUUGGAGGCUUUGCAAAGCGCUAGGAAUACUCUCGCCAUUGUCGCGGUCUUGAUUGCAUCUGUUACUUUCACAUGCGGUUUAAACCCACCUGGUGGGGUCUAUCAAGAAGGAUUCUCCAUUGGGAAAUCAACCGCGGGGAAAACCAUAGCUUUCAUGAUCUUCUGGAUAAGCAAUAGCAUAGCGUUGUUUACAUCAGUGAGUAUGGUCAUUCUUCUCCUCAGCAUUAUACCUUACAGGGAGGACUCGCUUUUAAAGUUCUUGGUUAUAGCUCACUGGAUGAUGUGGGUGGCUGUAGCAGCCAUGGCAAGUGCUUAUGUCUCCGCGGCAUUGGUAACUUUACCUCAUUUUGGAGAAACCAAUUGGUUAAUAAUCUAUGCCACUGUUGCUAUUGCUAGCUUGACGCUAGGCGGUAUGUUUGUUUAUCUACGGUUUAAUCUGGCUAAAUGCAUGUUUAGGAAGGUUACGCUUCUUAAAUGCUUGUCUACUCCGCCAGUACGCAAGAAUGGAUACGUAGACAUGGCGGCCAAUAUCGAGAAAGGCUACUACUCUUACUGCUGAAUUUAUGUUUUUAAUAUAUAGGAAUCCAAGUUAUAUGCAUGUUUUUGUAAGUGGUUGACGUUUUUUUUUGUAAAUAGGUGUUUGACGUUUAUAAUUUCCAAUUGUUUAGAUUCGAUGACAUGUGAUAUGUUGUAAGAAAACAAAAAUGAUUACUCUUAUUGCUGAAUUUAUGUUUAAUAGGAAUCCAAGUUAUAUGCAUGUUUGUAUAAGUGAUUGACGUAUAUGAUCUUCCAGUGUUCAAUUUUGGAUGACAUAUGUUGUAAUUUGUAAAAAAAAAAAAGUUUUCACAUAAUACAUGUUAUUUGACCCCAAAACUGAACACAGAAAAAUAGUUUUGAGUUUUCAUGCAAGAUAUUAGAUUGGUAGCUGUACCUUAUCAAGCCGUAGAACUAGGCCCUAAAAGUUUCCAUAAAUAGCAUAAAUCGAUGCAUGCAAAACUUAUUGCAAGGAAAAAAAAGAUGAGGAUUUGGGUGGGGGCGAAUAGAAUAACUGACCAAAAAAUGGGUUGGUAUCGAUAUUAGGGAGGAAAUUAGUCCUCAAAAAGUAAAUUAUGAGGUUGAAGCUCCAAUGUAUUUGUUCCAAGACUUUGUUUAGAGGUAAAGCUAUGUUUUCUUGUAACCACCAAACCAAACAGCUCCUUCUCAUCUAUAAGUUAACUAACAUAUCUGUGCUGCCUUUUCUUUGACUUGUCUUUCUCUCUCCAACUUCCCUCCUUCAACAUAAAGCCAAAUUCUUUCCAAAUCUCCAAACUGAACCGACCUAUACCAAAACGUACUAAACAGAAUCCGGACUAUCGGAUAAUCCAACAACCAUAUGUUGAACUACCGCUUUACUUAACAACAUUCCAAUUGCUUGAUUCGACUACGUAAUCGAAUGGGUAUUUCUGAGUAAACCGGAAAACCCUGAAUAAACCGUAUUCUUUCAACCUGUAACAAACUUAGAAUAAACCGAAUUAGAUUGGUAUUAUUCUAUGCAAUUUUAUGAAAUAAUAUUUCAAAAUAGAUAAGCUUAAGCAUAUUAAUUGGAGCUUGAAGCAAUUGGAUAAAAAAGCAUUUGAACCUUAACUUUUGGACGCAACCCCCCCUCCCCACCACAACUUAUUCGCCUAUGGUUUUUAUAAUAUACUGACAUUCAAUCGUUACGGAGAUCCAAGGUUCAAAAAAAAUAUCAAUAUGUAAAAAUUCAAGAUUGCUUACACGAUCACAUGUUUCAUUAUUUUUCUUAGAAGUUAGAAUGGAAUUGAAUUUAUAAAACGAGAAGUAUCAAACAUUAUUCCCAUAUAUAUAACUAUGUAUUUUUCUAUGCAAUUUUAUGAAUAAUAUUUUAAAAUAUAUAAUUCAAACAUAUACAAAUACGAAUGAUAACUCUACCGUUGACAAUUACUUAAUUAAAUCUUAUACUAAUUCAAUUCUAUGUGUAAACAUAGAAUUCCGUGUCUACACUAUAACAUUUUAUUUCUAUUUGACCAAAUGGUUACUUUUUUUUUUCUGUCACAGACCAAAUGGUUACUUAAAUUUAGAAUAUUAUAAGACUAACCAAUGAAAUUUAAACCAUUUUACAAUCUCUAGCUAAGUGAAUCAUCAUAAUACUCAAACCCAUUAUAGGAUAGAGUUUCUUAUUCGUAGAUAUUCAGAGUGUGAACUGAGCACAUGUCAUAGAUAAGUGACAUUUGCUAUAAGCUAAUAUUUAGUUUAGACUUAAAGAGUAGUUGACAAAAACUACAACUUUGUUUUUAAGUUUUUUUUUCUUAACUAGUGGACCUUGAAUCUAGUGGACCCUAAAAGUGGAAGAAGUAAUUACAUUUCUACAUGUAUAUAUAUUUUUUAAAAAAAACUGAAAUGAAAACUUUAUGCAAGGAUGUCACGUA